AUGGCCAUCCUUGAUGUAAGUGCCGCAAUUAGGAAAUCCGUUGCAUUCCAAUUCCUGUGGAAUGCAGUGAUGCGAAUAUGGGCAUAGAAAUUCAGGACAUUGAUCAUGUGCUCCAAGUGGCAGCAACUUUGUCCAUACGAUUUUAAAUCCAUUACCUCCAUGUGCGUUUUCAUUUGUGACCAUGCAUGAGGUCUGGGGAAAAGUUUAAGCCUUGGGAGAAAUUGGAAUUUCAAUUGGAACCCGGUAGAUGCGGCUCUAUCAUUCGAGCGGAAUGCAAGAAGGAGGUGUUUCGCUGAAGGACUGGGUAUCAGGGGGCCUGGAAUGUAAUCCCCACAGAUUGAAUGCGUCUUCCGAUAUUCCUCAAUUUGAAUAAGAGGAAAGUCAUUAAAAGCGUGCUCAGUCCACUUUUGUUGAUUGCUAUUGGCGAACUUUUGCAGCAGUCUCCCCUCGUGGGUAAUUUCAUUGAGCAAUUCAAUCACUUCAAGAUAAUCCUCUUUGCAGCUGGCAAAAUCCUUGUGGAAGUGGCUAUUUCCUGUUAAAGUCUCCUCCUUUGUUUGA